AUGCACGACUGCAGCAGAGCAGCAGGCGAGGCGCUGCCCGAAAUAGAUGCAGCAGCUUUGAACAAACUUUGUCCCUUUUCUGUUCCUCUUUUGCUGCCUGAGGGGGCCCCCCAAAGAGACAGAGAAGGGGGCCCCCCGAGAAGACGGGGCCCCCGCAAAAGGGUUCAGCCCUACCAGGGGCCCCCCGCGGGGUCUCGGGGGGCCCCCCUAGACAGGCUCCAGGGCCCCGGGGGGCCCCCUGAGGGGCCCCCCACAGCCCGCAGGGGCAGACGCUCUACCCCCACUUCUUUUUUAAACACAUAA